AUGUCCCUGGACACACCCCAGCCCAGCCUUUUCACCCCCACCCCCAAAAUCACCACCCCUCCCACAUCCAUGCUCCCCACCUCCAUCCUCACGAGCUCCGUGGACACCAGGACGGAGCCAGGCGUCACGUCCAGAACGACCUUCCGUGCCGUCACCUUGACGACCAACGAGACUGCCUUUAACUCCACCCAGAUCCCAGCGGCGUCGGUGGAGCAUGCUGGAAUGGGCAUGGUGCUUGUUCCGUUUGGGAUCAUCACGGCUAUCGGGCUGGCAGUAGUUGUGCUGCUGUACAUACGUAAGAAGAAAAGACUGGAGAAGCUGAGACACCAGCUCAUGCCGAUGUAUAACUUUGACCCGGCCGAAGAACAGGACGACCUGGAGCAGGAGUUACUGGACCACGGUCGGGACGGAAGCCCGGCAGGGCCAAACGCCAAGACUCUGAUGGCAGGAGGACAGGCCAGUGCUCAGACGUCCAGUCGGCUAGUCUUCACCGAUGUGGCUGACGCCAUUAACGCAUGA